AUGAACGUUAGGCGUACGGUGCUUUCGUCCUUGACCAAACACGUUGAUCGUAUACGCAAUGUUUGUAUCCUUGCACAUGUUGAUCAUGGUAAAACUACAAUGGCUGACGCCUUGUUGGCUACCAAUGGUAUUGUUUCUUCGCGCCAAUCAGGGAAAUUGCGGUAUAUGGAUAACACUGAGGGGGAGCAAGAGCGUGGCAUAACGAUGAAAUCUAGUGUAAUUGGUCUCAUUUUCAACCGGAAAGUCUCCUCUGUAGAUAAAAACGAUGAAGAUUAUUAUCUUGUAAAUUUAGUGGACUCUCCUGGUCAUGUUGACUUUUCUUCCGAAGUCUCGACAGCAGUUCGACUAUGUGAUGCUGCAAUUAUCGUUGUCGAUGUUGUCGAAGGAGUUUGUCCUCAGACACGUACGGUGCUCCGUCAAGCUUGGGAUGAAAGACUAACUCUGUUAUUGGCUUUAAAUAAGAUCGAUCGAUUGGUUGUAGAAAUAAAACUAACUCCGUCACAGGCUUAUGAAACCAUGUGUCGAGUGAUAGAACAAGUCAAUUCCGUCCUUGCGGAAAUGUUUUCUGCAGAUAUGACGCGUCAAAGAGAUGGUAUGUGGCAGACGAAUAUCGACGAACUUAACCUUUCAAGUGAUGUACAACAUGAUAAUUACGUGUAUGAUUGGAGCAAUAAUCUUGGGAAAGCUGACGAUUCUAACUUGUACUUCUCACCCGAAAAAGGGAAUGUUGUAUUCUGCUCUUCUGUCGAUUCUUGGGGAUUUCGUGUAGACCAAUUUUGCCAGACCUGGUCUGAACGCCUAUCUAUUCCUUGUUCAAUUUUACAAAAAUCCCUAUGGGGUGAUUUUUAUCUAACUUCCUCUCCUACAGAACUAAAUAAAAUGAUUGUUAAACCUAAUGCUAGGCAAAAACAGAAAAAGUCAAUUUUCGUUCAGUUGGUCUUAGAACCUUUAUGGAAUGCAUAUCAAACGCUAUUCUUUGAAGAUAAACGUGAUAAAGUGUUUGCAAUGGCUCAAAAGGUUGGUGUAAAUUUAGACCAACGUGUUAUUCGUAAUGUUGAUAGUCGUGGAGUGUUACGUGCUUUCCUGAGUGUUUGGUUGUCGUUAGGUCAUACACUUAUGCAUGCCAUAACGGAUAUCUGUCCCAGUCCAUCUUCAGCAGUGUCUGCUGACCGAGCUGUACAUAUGUUGUAUGGAGAUACAGUUUUAUGUGAUUCAACACUUACCAAGAAAGAUUCUGUCAUAACAAUCGAUCAAACUUCACGUGUACCAAUUAAUUCAAUAUAUUCAACAUCUGGGGCUAGCUUAGCUCUUCAAUCUUGUGAUUCAUCAUCAUUGGCUCCAACUAUUAUUUUUGUAGCUAAAGUAUUUUGGACUGAUAAAUUACGUCUCACUUCAAAUGUUACUAGUAAUCCUGCUUCUAAAAAUACCAAACAAGAGAGUACAGAUUCUGAUCAGAUUUCACCAUCAUGUGAUACAGCGAAUUUCGAUGUAAAUAAUCAUCCAAGUGGAAUACAAUCUUCUAUCCCCAAACAAAUUAAUCUACGAUCUCCUUUGUUACUGUGUAACCCAUUCACAGAUACUGAUUUUAUUGCUUUAGCUCGAGUAUUUAGUGGUUCUGUUUACCCUGGUCAGAAAUUGUUUGUUCUUGGACCAAAAUUUAAUGGUAGAAAAGUUCCUUCAUAUCUCUUGGAUACAGAUCCUGAAAGUCUCCCAAUUGGUCCUGUUCGUUUGCGAAACGAUGAUGAAGAUGCUGAAAUUUCAUUAACUGGAAAUGAAACCGGUUCAAUUGAUAAUUUUUGCACAUUUAGUCCAAUAAAUUCUGGUUCUUUACCUGUUAGUCGUUCAGGAUCUGUUGGAGGUUCAGGCGAGUAUAGAUUGACUGGUCCUAAAUAUUUACGUCAUGUUUACGUAGCUUGCGUUGUUCAUAUCCUUCAGCUAUUAGGAGGUCAGUCGGAUUUCGUUAAACUUCUCGAACCUGUACCAUCUGGAAACAUAGUCGGUCUUACUGGACCAGAUUUAAUAGCUUGUCUACCGAAAUCGGGUCUCUUGGUCAGCCGACUAUCUCUAGUUUCUUCAUUUAAUAAAACAGAUAGCAGUGAAACUGAACUGGCACCUGUUCUCCCGUUAGCCGGAUUAGCAGUUUGGCAUGGGGCACCAGUAAUUUCAGUUGCUGUUGAACCUGCAUCUGCUACAAAUCCUGAAGAUGUUUAUAGAUUGGAACGUGGUCUUCGACUUUUAGAUCGUGCUGAUCCCUGUGCUGAGGUAACAAUUACAGCCAAUGGUGAAUAUAUUAUACGUGCUGCUGGUGAAAUUCAUUUACAAAAAUGUAUAGAAGAUUUAAUAAAAUAUUUUGCACCUGAAGUUGAAUUACAAAUAUCUCCAUUUGUUGUACCAUUUCGUGAAACAAUUAUUGAUGCAUGUAAUACAUCUAAUUCUUUAUCAUUAAUUAGCCUGUCUAAUGCAUCUUAUGAGAAAGCUUAUAUUCAAUUUGAAAGUUUAUUACAAAAGUUUAAUUUAACAUUGAAUAUGAAUUAUGAUCAAUUAAAAAGUCUUCAUUUACAAUUACCAUCAUCAUCAUUAGGUACUACAGGAGAUGAUGAAUUAAAGCCAACUACUACUACUACUACUACUAAUACUAUUACUGGGGAUAAUUUAAAAUCGAUAAGUUGUGGUACACAAAAAUUACAUAAUUUUCAUCAUAAUUUAGAUAUUAAUAAUUUUCCUAUUAGUAUAUUUCAAUUACCUCAUAGUAAACCUAGAACAAGAAUAUUAAUACGAGUUACUGCUCAUCCAAUGCCAUGUGAAUUAUUAAAUUGGAUUGAACAUUAUGGAUCUUCAAAAAUUUCUCAAUUAAUUCGAGCUUUUAAAAGUAAAGCAUUAAAUUACACUAAACUUUUAUCUGAAUUUGAGCAACAGCUAUCAAAUAUCUGUUCUCAAUUAACAUCAAAAUGUACUACAGCAUGUUCUAUCAAUUGGAAUCAAAUAACAACAUCGUUGUUAGCUUUUGGACCAAAUCAAACUGGACCAAAUAUAUUAAUUAGUCAUUUAAAUACCGAUUAUUUUCCAUUAUGUACUGUUUGGGGUAAAAAACUUAAUUCAUCAUUGAAUAAUUCUACUAUACAUUUAAAAAAUGUAAAUAAAAAAUCGAAUAUCAAUUUACCAAUUAUUAGUUAUGGUAAAGCAUUGCUACGAGGUUUUCAACAGGCCACUUUAAAAGGACCACUUUGUGCUGAACCAAUGUAUGGCAUUGUAUUUGUAUUAGAAGAAAUUGUUGCAGAAAGUUUGGAUACAUUAAAAUUACCAAAUUAUAGUAGUGACAAUACUACUACUACUACUACUAAUAGUAAUAAUGCUAUUUGUCAAGAAAAUAAAUCGCACGAAUCAAAUAUGAACUAUGAAUUAACAGCAUCGUUACCAUUGGAAAAUUCAAUGCCAUCAUCUACUACUGCCACUACCUAUUCAACUGAUAAUAAACCGGAUAAUCAAUUAUUAAAUAAUAAAUCUAAACGUAAAUCAAAACGAUUAACAUCCAUCUCAUGGUUAGAUGAUGAUGGUGAUGAUGAAAUUGAGCGUUUUUAUCACAGUAGUUCAGAAGAGCUUGACCAAGAUAGUGAUAAUGAUGAUGAUGAGAAUUGGUGUUCUGAUUCUUCAAAAAAUGAAGAUAGUCAAUCUGAUCAAUUGUCUGAUGUCGAGAAUUCCAACGUGGCUGUCUUACAGAAUCCCGAAACGGAAACUUGUUUUGACACAACCAAAGAAAUUCCUUAUUGGCAACGACGAUCCGAUAUGUCAUGGUUACAUGAUAUUCCACCAGGUCUUUUAACACCAGCUAUGACACGAGCCUGCAUAGCUGCAUUUCAAUCCUGUCCAUUUCAACGCUUAAUGAUCGCUGUAUAUGACUUGGAAUUGCAAGCUCGAAGUGAUGUUUUGGGACGCAUGUUUGGAGUUCUUCGCAGGCGAUAUGGCAGAGUUGUUGGUGAAGAUUUUAGAGAAGGCGAAAAUACUUUUGUUAUUAGUGCUAGAUUACCUGUUAUUGAGAGUUUUGGACUUGCAGAUGAAAUAAGAAAACGUACCAGUGGUGUUGUCAGUCUUCCACAAUUACGUCCCGGUGGUUGGGAAUUGCUAGAUAUCGAUCCGUUACAAAAAGAUAUGUCUUCUAUAGAUAGCAAAGAAUCUUUUAGUGAAUCGUUUCGCACAAAAGGGGGUUCCAGUAAACUUUUUCGAUCGAAACUACCUAUCUCAAGUCUUCAUGAUGGUGGUGGUGGUGGUGGUGGUGAUGAUGGAACUGAUGAAAAUAUGGAUGAACCCACAAGUCGAAUAUCUAGAGUACAACGAUAUAUUCGAGAAGUUAGACUACGCAAAGGAUUACCAUUAAAUGAACAAUUAGUGCUUAAUGCUGAUAAACAAAGAACGUUAAAAAAGAAUAAAUAG